GAGAAGCCAAAUUUCCGAAGGUUUUUCAACUUCAGAUUCUGCUUUCUGCUGUAUAACUACCCUGGGUAUUUUUACAAGCAAUCCUCCUCAAACUUAACGCUAGGGGAAAAUGUGUCGUUAGCAUCGGGGACAGCCGUGUCCACCUGUUCUCGGCGGUCGUGCGUGCAUGCAGACUGAAGCUUGCGUCUGUAGUCCGUUGUAUCAAGCAAUGCUAGCUAUGGCGUGUCGCGUGGUACUGGCAGUGGUCUGUCUCCUUUUGGUGGUCGAAAUUUGGGCCGAAGAACCUCAACCAUGUUGCUGGAUUAAUCAGAUGACCGGAAAGUUCGAACUCCAACAGACUGAAGAGCUGGAAGGCGGGACGGUGGUCCUUGAGACAACCAAUGCCGAGUUUGCUUACGAUAAGACAUUCAGCUGCAAGGCCUUUAUCUUCACUGAGACUUUUGCUAAUGGUACCCAGCGAGUCGACCGACUCGUGGAGUUCUACAAUCGUGGAGAAGCUUACUACAUCGAGGACAAUCAAGGCCAGCAAAGAUGUCGAAGGGGGCGGAUUCCAUUUCAGUUUCAAAAAAACUGCGUCCCUGAAAAGGCUGUGUACCAGGGUAACGUUACCCUUGGUGACGACGCCCUCUCCGGCAACACGUGGGAACUCAACUUCGCCCAAGGCGGUUACGUCGCUAACAGGACGUACUUGUUAGCCGCAGACUACUGUGUUCCCAUCACCGUUAACUUUGUACUCAUGAACUUCAACACGGACCCGCCAGAAGCAAAUGCUGGAACCAUCGCCUAUGCUGACAUUGAACUUGGAAUCUGUGACCGAGACAAGUUUUUCCACAUUCCUGAUGAAUGUCCACAGGACAUUAUGACGCCUUUCUUGGAGAAAAUUUCGAAACGCCGUCAACUGCUGGAGAUGCAGUACGAAGCAUUUAUGUGAUUUCGAAGCGUAGAUCAGCUACUAAAAGCUGUUGUUGAAACCUUCUAGAUUAAUACAUUAAAGCUCAACAAUGAAAUAAUGUACCUUAUUAAACUGACUGAAACAGAAAAUUUGACAUUUACACUAAAUUGUACGCUAAUUCCUUUAGUUUGCUCUCAGUAAGGGACCUUCUGGUUUGAGACCUACACCAAAGGACAGAGAAAUACAGAAAUUGUACAAGGACGAUUCUUUACAGGAAAACUGUUGGGUUGAAAAAAAAUAUAACUUCGUUUUCAGCGCCUUAUUUUCAGUUCUGGAGGAAUGCAAAAUUUAGAAGAUGAAUACAUUAUCUCUUAAACUAAAGAAUGUAUGUGAACCCUUUUUCCUUUUUUAUUGUGAAAUUGUUUUGAAGUUGUCAUUUUCAUGCUAGGGAAGCCACCCAGAGAUCGCUGAAUCGAACCACUAUUAUUAUCGUUCCGGGCAGUCAAUGUUGAGUUACUCGACGUAUUUUACAUGUAAGAAUAAAAUUCAUUUUCUUGGAAAACAGACACA